AUGGAAGAACAACCAUCGAAAGUGGCCGUGAUAGGCCUUGGCGUUAUGGGCCUUGUCGCUGUCAAGAAUCUCACCGAAGAGGGCUUUGACGUGACCGGAUUCGAUCGCAACAAUUACGUUGGGGGCCUCUGGCAUUAUACCGAUGAAGACAAAACAUCGGUACUACCAACAACUGUCAUCAAUAUCUCCACAGAAAGGGGCUGCUACACAGACUUCCCAUUUCCGGAGGGCACGCCAAGCCAUUGUAAUUCAGCACAGGUAGAAGAGUAUCUGGAGUCUUACGUAGAGCACUUCAACUUUCGCUCCAGGUUGCGUCUGGGCGUGAGAGUAAGCAAUGUGCGGCACGAGAACGAGAGUAACCGCUGGGUAGUAGAUCUCCAAGGGUCCGGGCCCGAGUAUUUCGACAAGGUUAUUAUGGCCACGGGGAUCAAUUCGCGCCCUCAUAUUCCCCAGCUCGAGGGUUUGGAGCAGUUUGAGGGUGAAGUAUUGCAUUCAAGAGCGUAUAAGAGACCAGAGCUCUUCAAGGGCAAGCGAGUACUGGUAGUCGGCCUCUCUAACACAGGCGCAGAUACCGCAGCAACGCUUCACGGUCAAGCAGACAAAAUUUGGAUUUCUCACAGUCAUGGUGCUUUAGUAAUCCCACGAAAGCAGGAUGGCAUCGCAUUUGAUCACACUCUCACAGCUCGCACAAUGGCCAUGACGGGCUUCCUUGAAGCCACGUUCCCUCGUCUGUACGAGAUCGUUUUUAAUGACAUAUGUAAGAAGAUGCAAGACAGGGCAUUCAAGAUACGACCUGAGUGGAAGCUAUCUCCUGCGCCGUCUGUCCUGCACAGUCUCCCGGUGGUUUCGGAUACCUUGAUUGGCCAACUCGAGUCCGGCGAUGUCAUCUCCGUCGCAGGCCUAAAGCGCGUCACCGGGCCCAGAGAGAUUGAACUCACUGAUGGGACGCGUCUCGAUGCUGAUGCAAUCAUCUGGUGCACUGGAUACAAACCAGACUUCAGUCUUCUCGACCCAAACGUCGAUCCCACACGUAACACGACGCCGAGAUGGGCUACGGCGAAAGGAUCUCGUGGUAAACCGCUCCCUCGUCUUUACCAAAACGUCUUUUCUCUCGAUUACCCAGAUUCUCUUGCCUUCAUGGGUAACAUAGCCGUGGCGACAAGCGCAUUUCCCAUCAGCGAUCUCUGCUCCAUGGCAAUAGCGCAAGCAUGGAAAGGCAAUUCCCCUCUUCCCUCAGUUGAGGAAAUGAAUCACGCAACAGAUAUCUCGCACGGUUUUAUCUGCAACAUCGCGGAAAGAGGCAGUGCGACAGCCGGUUGGGUGCGUCAGGCUGACUGGCUUGCGUGGGCCGACAAGACAGCAGGGACGCAGGUCUACGACCAUCUUGGCUGGGGAUUGAAAGGCUGGAAAUUCUGGUGGAAUGAUCACGCCCUGUACAAAAUGACAAUGGAUGGCAUUUAUACGCCGUUUAUUUGGCGCUUAUUCGAUGGAAAGAGAAAGAAAUGGGAUGGCGCGAGGGAAGCGAUUGAGAAGGUGAAUGCAGAGCUGGAAGCAGCCAAGGCCAGAGCCAAGAAUAAGAAGACGCAGUAG